ACACUUGGUGGUCAGCUGACUGAAAUGUUGACAAAGCAAGUUGGCCGCCGGUGGAGGAAGCAGAAACCCCCGCCGACAGCCUCGGCGGUGAGUUACUGGUCAGGUUGUAACGAAUGAAAUGACCGAUGUUUACUUCACGGCCUCCUGUCAGACUGUAGAGUUUCUCGGCUGCACUGUUUCCAGUUUGUAGCGACGGCAGCCACUGCUGAUUUUCGCCCUGACCUGUGAUCCAUGUAAAAGGUGAAGAAGAGAGAGGAGGUAAACAUUCACCAGGAAACAUCGGUGCUGUCGGUAUGGACAUCCAGAGCGAGAGGAGAAGGCUGCUGGAUGCGGAGGGAGGAGAUGAGGAUCCUACAGGACUCAUGUCUGAGCAGGAGGCUUAUCUGAGCAAAGUGAAGAACAGGAAGUUGUACCUGGCGACGUUCGCGUCUGUUCUCGGUCCCAUGAGCUUCGGCUUCGUGUUGGGCUACAGCUCCCCCGCCAUCCCCGAACUCACCAAGAUCGCCGACCCCCGGCUGCGGCUGGACGACGUCCAGGCCUCCUGGUUUGGGUCCAUAGUGACGGUGGGAGCGGCGGUGGGCGGCCUGCUGGGCGGUUGGAUGGUGGAUAAGAUCGGCAGGAAGCUCAGCCUGAUGUUCUGCUCGCUGCCGUUCGUCUUCGGCUUCACCGUCAUCAUCGCGGCGCAGAACGUGUGGAUGCUUUACCUCGGCAGGGUGCUCACCGGCCUUGCCAGCGGAGUCACAUCGCUGGUCGUCCCGCUGUACAUCUCUGAGAUGGCACACGAGCGCGUCCGUGGGACAUUAGGCUCCUGUGUGCAGCUCAUGGUGGUGCUAGGCAUCAUGGGAGUUUAUCUGGCAGGUCUCUUCCUGGACUGGCGCUGGCUGGCGAUCUGCAGCUCCAUCCCUCCGACGCUGAUGAUGGUCUGUAUGUGCUUCAUGCCGGAGACGCCUCGCUUCCUGCUGUCGCAGGGCAAGAGGCGGGAGGCCGAGGAGGCGCUUCGCUUCCUGCGAGGACCGGACGCCCCCGUCGAAUGGGAGUGUGCUCGUAUCGAGGACGCCUGUGAGGAGCAGGGUUCUAGUUUCCAGAUGUCGGACCUGAAGGACCCUGGUGUCUACAAGCCUCUGGUGAUCGGCAUCAUGCUGAUGGUCUUUCAGCAGAUGACAGGGAUCAAUGCUAUCAUGUUCUACGCUGAGAACAUAUUUGAACAAGCACAUUUUAAGGACAGUGACCUGGCUUCAGUGAUCGUGGGUCUGAUUCAGGUCGUCUUUACAGCAGUCGCAGCGCUGAUCAUGGACAAGGCUGGAAGGAAAGUCCUUCUCAUCAUUUCAGGCGUUGCCAUGGCGAUCAGCACCACAGCAUUCGGGGUUUACUUCUACCUGAUGUCCAAAAUGCACAGCACCACCUCCCUGAGCCUGUUGAUGCUGGACGUCCAGAGCACGGCUGGUGAAGAACCCCACGCUGACCUGGCCUGGCUGGCCCUGGCCAGUAUGGCCGUCUUCAUCACAGGUUUUGCUCUGGGUUGGGGUCCGAUCCCGUGGCUGGUCAUGUCGGAGAUUUUCCCCGUCAAAGUGAGAGGGUUUGCCAGCGCUGCCUGCGUCCUUACCAACUGGGGCAUGGCGUUCAUCGUCACCAAAACCUUCCAAGAUAUGAUGAGUCUUCUAACCAGCGCUGGAACCUUCUGGUUGUUCGCCUCUGUGUGCAUCGUCAACGUCAUCUUCACCAUGGCCUUCAUCCCAGAAACCAAGGGCAAGACACUGGAGCAAAUCGAAGCCACGUUCAGAGGGACAUCAGGUCCAUGAAGCCCCCCCACCGCCAAAACCAUCACGUUACAAACUGAAAAAUCUCUGAUCUCGUAUUUGUGAACUGACUGGUCCUUGAGACUCUGUGUGGGCAUUUUAAAAUCCUAUAAACCUGAUUGAGGCACUUCCUUAUCAUUUAAACCAAAUCCAGAUGAAUACAACAGUCCUGUAAUGAUUCCUUCCUUCAUGAAGGUUCUGAUGUUCAGUUUCUGUACAGACAGUUUCAGAGAGGUGUUGCUUCAUCUCUGUGAUUAUUUUGGAGGCAGCAGUUUGUGGUUCUGUUGAACUGUAUCUGACCUAAGCCCUUUAAUAUUAAAGAAUCUAAUUAUCAGGCCAUAAGCUUGAGCUCCACAGGUUUAAUCCUUUCCAUUUUAUGUUGUGCUCAGAAACAGCAACAAAACAAUCUGAAGAGCAUUUUGAGAACUGGACUAAAACAGUCACUCAGGCUGAGCAGACUCAGUACAGGUUUAGUUCUUGCUCAAAACCACUUUAGAUGAGGAACUCUGACUGUGGUGGAGAUGAAUUAUCAUCCUCUGAGUUGUAAGAUCAUAGCACAUGAAACUCCCUGUGUAACACUACUCUACACUGCCCCCUGCAGGUCGUCCUGCUGUAAUUCACCUCAUUCAGAUUAGCGAAGUUCUUCUGUACAGGUUUAAGAUUUCCUCAGGUGUUGGGCUGUUUGACAGUUUUAAUAUAUGCACUAAAUUUCUGCAGAACAUGAACACGGUACUGAUUAUAUGCUGAACACUGGCCUCUGUUCUUUGGGGUGAAAAUUCUUUACUGUUAAGUAUCUGAGCAAAAUAAGUGUAAAAGGUAUGCUCCAUCUGAAAUGUAACUUUUUUAGGGUUUUAACACACUUUGAAGGUAAUUAUAAAACGUUUGUAUUUCCAUCUUUCAAAGAGAGAAGAGACUGUGCUAAGCUUUAAGUAAUAACAGAGUUUUUUUUUUUUUUUUCAGAAAGUUCAGAGAUGUUUCUCAAACUGCAGCUGCAGUGUAAUCCACUUGCUGUUCACCCAGAUUCUCAGGGUGGUGUUGUUCCAGUUAUCAUCAGUUAUGGUUAAAAGACCAUAUGGUUUUGUUGUAAUACUCCCCAUCGUCUCAUUGAGUUUGUUAAUUCUCUGAUAGUUUUCUACUCUUAGAAGCUGUUUGAGCUUAAACAAAGGACUUUGUUCCAUUUUAAGUCUCACUUGAAAACAUUAAAGCAUGCAGAGAAGUGCAGGGACUUCUUACAAACAAUACUGGUGUUAACUCAGUGUGAUUCAGUGCCAAACUAGAAGCUUAGAAACUAGUCUAAUGACUUUUUUAUAAAUGAUAUAUUUAGUGAGAAGUGAAUGCAUCAUGAAGCGACAGGAGUCUGCUGUUUACACUGACUGUGCUGACUGUUAAUUUAACUGUGUAGUUUACAGCAUCAGAGAAAUGAAGUGAAAUUCAACAGAUUAUGUUAAACAGAAAACAUUUUGACACUAUCAUCAGUAGAAUUAAAAACUGCCAACUGUAAAGUCUCUUGACAAAGAAUAUAAGUGUUUUUUUUGUAAUAAUUUUCUUUUGGAAUUCUUAUAAUGUUUUAAACAUAUAUUAUCUGAUGUGUACACACCUGGGACAGUGAUGAUUUUUGAUGUCAUAUAUAAGAAGAGGUGAAUUCUUUUUCUUUUGUCUUUUUACAGUUUAUGUGAUUUUGUGGUGUUUGUUUUGCCAUGAGUUCAGUGAAGCUAAAUACAUAAAUCAUUCCACUCUUUAACGCCUUUUCUUGUAGCUGGAUGAUUGUGACAUAUAUCAUUCACAAAUUCACUCGGAACAGGAUCAAAUAAAGCUUUUUGUCCCAGUUUCUCAACUGUGAAUUUCCAUGUCUGUGUUCAUUAUCCCGGUGUGAAGCUGAAACCAUAAACUGUCUGAAUAAAAUCAGUGUUGUUGUGAA